AUGGUCAACACGAAAGGGUCUCGGCAAAGAGGACGUCCUCGGACAGACACGGAUGAAGAGAAACGACAAGAUCGGCGCCGCGAGCAGCUGCGUUCGGCACAGCAAAUGUAUCGCAAGCGGAAAGAGAACACCAUCAAUACACUGCAAAGUCGCGUGCACGAGCUAGAAGACGAAAUUGACCAGAUCAGCCACUCGUUUUUGGCUUUCAGCAGUCUGCUCUUGGAAACGGAUGCCCCGAAGCGAGAUCCACGUGUUACUCUGACCCUCCGAGAACUAGCUCAACAAUGCCUGGCCCUUGCCAAGACGGGAUGUAACGAUAUUGAGGAGAUAGAUCACCUCAGGGCUGCUGCUCUCACCGAAAGCAAUGUGGAAAGGAAUUCAGUACAAAGUGACAGCCAUUCGGACACCCUAGAAAGUGUUAUAAACACCGCUGCCCUCAUGGCGCGCGACAUUGAAAUCGUUGUGACGCUUCAGCAAAGUCUAGCACGGUGUUGA